UAGGGUGCUCAACAUGUGGUUCCGGUUGGCGGUCGUUUGCUUUUGCGGCGCUCGGUUUUCGGCAAACUUUCGCAGCUUUCUCCCGCUUGUUGCGUAGAUUUCUACCACUACUUUCCGCUAAACUUGCUAAGUCCGGCUGAAAUGGACACGAACGACUCGGAGAUAGCCUCUCUACGCGCCCAAGUGGAGGCACAAGACGCAGAAAUAGAGAGGCUUCGCCGGGCACUGUCGCGCGAACAGGCUCUUUCAAGUGUGAUUGACACAGCUUUGAGCAAGGAUGAUGUGUCGCGUUACAGCAGGCAGAUGUUGCUGCCCGGAUUCGGCGUUCAAGGACAGAAAGCACUUAAAUCGGCGUCUGUGCUAAUAGUCGGUGCUGGUGGCCUGGGAUGUCCAUGUGCGGCGUACUUGGCUGCUGCUGGAGUUGGACGAAUAGGCAUUGUAGAUUUCGAUGCCGUAGAAAAAAGCAACCUCCAUCGACAGAUCCUGCACUCUGAGGCCAAAGUGGGCAUGUCCAAAGUAGAUUCCUUGGUGCUUGCUCUUAGGCAGCUGAACUCGCAGCCGGAGUAUGUACAUCACUCUGCAGUUCUUGACAGCUCCAAUGUCAUGGACAUCAUUGGCAGGUACCAAGUAGUGGUCGACGCCAGUGACAAUGCGGCCACUCGGUACCUGGUGAAUGAUGCAUGCAUGUGCCUGGGCCGGCCGCUGGUGUCAGGCAGUGCCCUGCGCUGGGAGGGGCAGCUCACGGUAUACGGAUACCGUGGUGGGCCCUGUUACCGGUGUCUCUUUCCACAGCCACCUCCCACCUCCACCGUCACCAACUGCUCGGAGGGAGGUGUCAUAGGCAUGGUUCCUGGUGUUAUUGGCUGUAUGCAGGCACUCGAAGUGGUGAAAAUCCUCACUGGCUAUGGAGACGUUUGCUCUGGGAAGCUGCUCCUGUUUGAUGGCGCCGAUGCAAGGUGGCGGCAUGUGAAAAUCCGGGGUAAGCUGCCUGACUGUGCUGCCUGUGCCAACCCAUCGACGGCUCCUGCGGUACAGGACUACACUGCUUGGUGUGGGACAGGACCAACUAAUAAGUGCUGUGGCCUCUCUGUGCUGCCCAAGGAGCUGCGGAUUUCCUGUCAGGAUCUGAGAGACCGACUUCUGACCAACCAGCCCAGCUGUCUUUUGCUGGAUGUUCGGCCUAAGUGCCAGUUCGAGAUGUGCCACCUUCCCAAAAGCCUCAACAUUCCCUACGAGCAGCUGGAUAAUGAACUCAAUUCAUUGGAGAAAAAACUGGCAGAGAACACAGAAGUGGUGAUAAUAUGUCGCCGUGGCAACGACUCUCAGCUGGCGGUGGAAAAGUUGAGACAGGCUUGGAACCAAGUGGUCAAGGUUUGCGAUGUUCGAGGUGGCCUGGAGGCCUGGGCCAGAACCGUGGAUCCAGAUUUUCCCAUAUACUGAAGUCUUUGCAAUGUUUGCAAGAUGAUGCAUUUCUAGACUACCACACUAUUAACCCAGAGGCCAAGGCAUUUACUCUGGUUAGUCAUACCUAAUCAACAUCCUGUUAUUCUUGCGAAUUAUGACCAAUGUGAUGAAGAGUGCUUAGAUUUAACACAAAUAAAAAUAUUGUUGCAACGCCCAA